AUGGAAACAACGCAGGAAACAUCGUCAUUUACCUUCUCCCAUCGUUCUCCCUCCCUCGUCAGGUACAUGCAGAACACCGCCACUGCUGAGGCCGUCAUGCAGGUGGGUGGGAGGGGGGCAGGCGGCGGUGCAGGUGAGAGAGAGGGGGAAGAGGCAGUGGUGCAGGAGGUGGAGCAGCACCUGGGUGCUGCAGUGGAUGCGAGGUGCCUUUUGAGUCGACUCAAACGCCACCAUGCCCGUGUGCACGAGUCCCCCAUGCGUUACUUGCCUCCGCUACCUGCUUGCGUGCUUGCCUGUGAGCAGGAGGUGGAGCGGCACCUGGGCGCUGCAGUGGAUGAGGUGGAGCAGCACCUGGGCGCUGCUGUGGAUGCGAGGUGCGUUCUGUGUCGACUCAAACGCCACCAUGCCCGUGUGCACGGGUCCCCCAUGCGUUACUUGCCUCUGUUACCUGCUUGCGUGCUUGCCUGUGAGCAGGAGGUGGAGCGACACCUGGGCGCUGCUGUGGAUGCGAGCUUCUGUGCUAGAGGGAUUCGCUGUGCAGAUGAAUGUGGUUCUGGGCAGCUGCAAUCUCGUCUGCCUGUUUUGUUAGUGCUCCUAUGA